AUGGAGAGUACAUUUUCCGCCUCUGGUGUUGUCAUGGAAACAACUAUCUUCUUCGACAUAACGACCUUACUGUGGGAAAGUUACGUUCAAGUUUUAGAAGAUCUUUUAGCGAAAGGAUACGGUCUUGUUAAGUUUUUUUCAAAGACCAAAUUCCCAUUAUCGCAAAAAAAACAAGCCGAGGAAGUUUGUCUUGAUUCAUUGAAGGCUAUUGCGUCUGGGAAUGGAGAACAAGCUGGUAAAGCUCGCAUACAGCUUGAGACAUUCAACGAACAGAUCAACUCUUCUACUGUCCGGGAAUUUUGGGAAAGUGUACGUCUGCGAGACGAAAGAGCUAGAGCUCGUAAUGCGCAACUUAUUUUGUUUGAAAAAAAAAAACUACAUUUUAUUCAGACCGAAUCAAAUGUAUUAGAUGAAUUCUGUGUUACAAGUGAUCGAUUGUUGUCGGAAUUUAAGGAUACCACGCCCGCAAAUUUAGGUAUAAUGAGUAUCCCUAAUAUUUUAAAUGAUUCGAGAAGUAAAGAAAAGCGAAUAAUGGAUAGUGGUGAAUCUUCUAAGAAUAAUAAGAAGAUUAAAACUACUAAUACAGAUGAAAUCAAUCUAGAAUCUAAUGGAGAGAGUGAAGCGGAACAAGUUGACGUAGUAAAUGAAGAGGAGAUCAGAGAUCUUAAGGAGGACGAAGUAGAAAUUCGCAAUAGAUUGCUCGGUAUCUUGGUUGAAUACCAAAAUAAAGAUAAAGAAUCAGGAGGGAAUUACAUGACUUCAGUAUGUCUUAAUGGCAUACUAGUUCUCUCUGACGAGAAGGUGUAUAAGACAGUUAAAAAGUUUCUUGAUAUAGAUCAACUCAACUGGCUUGAAAAAGUUAUCAUGAAGAAAAACUGGAAGUCAACCCCCGAAUUUGUACAAUAUAUUGAACAAUUUACGGAGGAUGCAUGUACUCGAACCGAGAUUCCAACUAUUGUGCGCAAGUCUUAUGUCCCCGGGAGAUUUGAUCCUUGUUAUCAUGAAGCACACGAUAUCGCCCAACAAAUACUAACGCAUUUUUCUGUUCGACUUGAAGCUCCAAUGAGAGUCGAAUAUAAAGGCCUCGAUUUAGAAAGAACUUUUGCCAUCGACACCAUAGUGUACAUCUUAAAUCGACUAUUUAGGAUGCACCAAGACGAAUUAGAUGUUGCAUGGAUUGAACAAACUACUCCGGACACAAAAGACCAUAAAUUUGAUGGACUGUACAAAGUGAUCAGGACAACUGGUAAAGGCCAGGUCAUAAUUCUUGUAGAAUUUUCGUAUGGAAGAAAGGCACCAGAGUCCAAAAAAGAUGGCGAUCAGUUAAAAUUGUGUCGUAACGCAAUGAGAACUCUAAACAAAUUAUUAAAAACUAUACCAAAGGACCGUGCACGAGUAUAUUUAGUACAAUCUUUCAAUGGGUUUAUCGAAAUUAAAUAUUUGGUUCGGCCAAUUCCAUCGAUAUAUAUACUCCAACGUUUUAAGCGUACAAAAUUACCCGCCUCCUUUGGAGACUUUGAACAAUUCUCCAAUGAUCUAAAAGAUCUAAUGAGUUGGCAGGCCGAUGUCUUGUCAACGGUCAGAGCAGUAAACAAAGCAACCGCAGUAGAUAAUACGAGAGGAGACAAUAAUCUCCAUUUAACUUCAGUUGACGAUACACCAAAGAAAAAGAAGGCGGAAAAAAAUCAAACAUCAUCUCCUGAGUCUCCGUGUCCCGGUGGAUCGCCUUCGGAAUUUGAACCAUUGAUUUAG